AUGGAAGUAGGCGUUCAAUUGGUGGGAAUACUCCUCCGUGUGCUGAACUUCCUCCUAGCGCCACUGUUCUGGCUCCGGGCUCGUGACAACAGACGACUACCACCUACAACCAACCCCAUACUACUGAAGAGUGCUUCUGAAUUGGCAUCUGCCAUUAGGAAUGGAGAGAUAACAAGCGAAGAAUUAGUAACAAUCUAUAUAAACCGUGUGAAAGAAGUGAAUCCAUUCCUCAACGCAGUAGUAGAAGAAAGGUAUGGAGCGGCAAUUGAUGACGCUAAAGCAAUUGAUAGACUGAUUGAAGAUGCUAAGAAAGAUGGGUCCUUCGAACAGCUCAUAGAAGACAAACCAUUAUUGGGAGUGCCGUUUACGGUUAAGGAGAGCUGUUCUCUGGCUGGUAUGUCAAACUCGGUAGGUUGUCUAGAAAACGCAGGACGUCGCGCAACCACGGACGGGGGUGUCGUCAGCCUCGUGAAGAAGGCGGGGGCCAUCCCGCUGUUAGUGUCGAACACACCAGAACUGUGCUUGGGAUGGGAGACCACGAACUUGUUGAGGGGGACGACUAACAAUCCUUACUGUUUGAACAGGACGCCGGGAGGUUCAUCCGGUGGUGAGGGCGCUCUGUUAGCCUGUGGCGCGUCUCCAUUCAGCGUAGCGUCCGACAUCGCGGGCUCCAUACGACUUCCCGCCGCCUUCUGUGGCGUGUUCGGACAUAAACCAACGCCUGGUAUAAUAUCAAUAGAAGGCCACAUACCGACGCUGAGUGACGAGAGUUUCCCCAAGUUCCUGACGGUGGGGCCCAUGACGCGGCGGGCGGACGACCUGCCGCUCUUGAUGGACAUCAUGGCAGGAGACAACAAGAGCUUGUUGAGGCUGGACCAACCCGUCGACAUGAAGAAAGUCAAGGUGCUGUACAUGCACGAAGCUACGGAUUCAAUAGCUUUAUUAAGAGUGGACAAAUGCAUAAACGAUGCGAUAAAAAGUGCUGUCAAAUAUCUCGAGAAAGAAUGUGGAUGUACUGUCAGUGAGGAAAAAUUCAAGGAUUUAGAAGACUCUGUGGAAAUAUCGAUAUCAGUAUUUUUCUCAAUGAAAGACAUACCGAAUUUGUUGCAAGAUCCCGCCAACCCAAAACGUGAUAAAAGUUUAAUUGUAGAACUAAUAAAAUACGCGUUCGGUGGAGGGUCGAGAUCACUCCAGGGGCUCAGCUUCUCUCUCAUCAACACCACCCACCUGUUCAUACCGGAGUCACGCCAAGGAUAUUACAAUGGAAAAGCUAAUAAAUUAAGGGAACAAAUGCAGCGAGUGCUGGGCGAGAACGGCGUGCUGAUCUACCCGGUGUUCGUGGAGCAGGCGCACCAGCACCAGUCCGUGUUCCUGAAGGCGUCGGGCGUCAUGUACACCAUGGUCUUCAACAUCCUCGGCAUGCCCGCCACCGCCGUACCGCUGGGCUUGUUCCGCGGCCUGCCCGUCGGGCUACAGGUUAUUGCCGCCCCGAAUCAAGAUCGGUUAUGUCUCGCCGUGGCUAAACAACUGGAAGUGGGCUUCGGAGGCUGGAAACCUCCACAAUAG